AUGCCCGAAUCCCCGCUGGAGAACUGGACGGUCUUCAAGGCGCGGGGCCGCCCUCACGCCCCCCACCUUGCCCAGCUCGCCCUCAGUUUCCUUGCCCCACCCUGUUCCUUUGUUGGAGGGGUUGGGCCUGGACUCCACUGGGCCCUUCCGGGGCCUCGCAGCCGGGACGGAGCCCGGAACAAAGCUGACUCCAAGGAUUGCCUUUACUUCCCCGCUAUUGUUAGCCCACCUCCAGGAGCCUUCAAGGUUGGGACCCGCCUGAGAGCCAACCUGGUGAGGAGGGGACUCUUUGAGUCCUGUUGUGGGAGCCUCGUAGCCCAACUGCGCUCCCUCGCAGGCUCACUACCAUGCUGCGCUCAGAGCAGGGUCAGCACCUCGGACAGCAGCGCCGCCGUCCGCCCUUUCUGGGAGGUCAUCAGUGAUGAGCAUGGCAUCGACCCCAGUGGCAACUAUGUGGGGGACUCAGACCUGCAGCUGGAGCGCAUCAGUGUGUACUACAACGAGGCCUCCUCUCACAAGUAUGUGCCCAGGGCCAUUCUGGUGGACCUGGAACCUGGAACCAUGGACAGCGUUCGCUCUGGGGCCUUUGGGCACCUGUUCAGGCCUGACAACUUUAUCUUCGGUCAGAGUGGCGCUGGCAACAACUGGGCCAAAGGGCACUACACCGAGGGCGCAGAGCUGGUGGACUCGGUGCUGGACGUGGUGCGCAAGGAGUGUGAGAACUGCGAUUGUCUGCAGGGCUUCCAGCUGACGCACUCGCUGGGCGGCGGCACAGGCUCGGGCAUGGGCACGCUGCUCAUCAGCAAGGUGCGGGAGGAGUACCCCGACCGCAUCAUGAACACCUUCAGCGUGGUGCCCUCACCCAAAGUGUCGGACACUGUGGUGGAGCCCUACAACGCCACGCUGUCCAUCCACCAGCUGGUGGAGAACACGGACGAGACCUACUGCAUCGACAACGAGGCCCUUUACGACAUCUGCUUCCGCACCCUCAAGCUGGCCACGCCCACCUACGGGGACCUCAACCACCUGGUGUCGGCCACCAUGAGCGGCGUCACCACCUCGCUUCGCUUCCCGGGGCAGCUCAACGCCGACCUGCGCAAGCUGGCCGUCAACAUGGUGCCCUUCCCCCGCCUGCACUUCUUCAUGCCAGGCUUCGCCCCCCUCACAGCCCGCGGCAGCCAGCAGUACCGGGCGCUCACGGUGCCCGAGCUCACCCAGCAGAUGUUCGACGCCAAGAACAUGAUGGCCGCCUGCGACCCGCGCCAUGGCCGCUACCUGACCGUGGCCACAGUCUUCCGCGGGCGCAUGUCCAUGAAGGAGGUGGACGAGCAGAUGCUGGCCAUCCAGAGCAAGAACAGCAGCUACUUCGUGGAGUGGAUCCCCAACAACGUCAAGGUGGCCGUGUGUGACAUCCCGCCGCGCGGCCUCAAGAUGUCAUCCACCUUCAUUGGCAACAGCACGGCCAUCCAGGAGCUGUUCAAACGCAUCUCGGAGCAGUUCACGGCCAUGUUCCGGCGCAAGGCUUUCCUGCACUGGUACACGGGCGAGGGCAUGGAUGAGAUGGAGUUCACGGAGGCCGAGAGCAACAUGAACGACCUGGUGUCUGAGUACCAGCAGUACCAGGACGCCACCGCCGAGGAGGAGGGAGAAAUGUACGAAGACGACGAGGAGGAGUCGGAAGCCCAGGGCCCCAAGUGA